AUAGUCUGCAUCCCGGUGUUGUGAUAUGGCGAUCUUGCAUAAAGGCCGUCAGAAAUCUGCAAAACCAACGAGUUAUUAGGAACCAACUGUAUAUAAAACCGAUGCUGUGAGGAUGAAAAAGAAAGUGGAAAAACCUUAAAGUUCUGAAUUCAGUUAAUUUGGAAUUUGAGCAACAUGGAACUCACUGUUGAACCACACUGUGAACCAGCUGUUUCUGAAGCAAACCUUGAGCACCUUUCACUUUCGGACCCUCUGUCUUCUGUGGAAGCACCAUUAGAUGGUAUUGAGCAUGGAAUGGAGGCUGCAGUUCGAAACAGUGGCCUUGAGUUAAAACUGGACCUCUAUGUCCCAAUACCACCAAUAAUAGAGCCGAUAACUCCUGUAGAGGAAACAGUGGAGCAUUGUGUUCUUCCUGUGGCAACACAAGAGGACGACACACAACCUGAAGCCACAAAAGGGGAAACAGAUGCCAAUGCUGAACGUUUUGAGUGUGAAAAUCAGCCAAGUGUGAUUGAAUCGAGCUCAGAUACUGUGACAGAAGCACAAUGUGAACAAGCAUCCAAUGAAACGGCCUCAUCAGACUGUAAGGCUGCACCUUGUAAACCAGAAGAGGCUGUAAGCUCCAAAGAAACACCACAAACGCGUAAAGCCUCAUCUGGACGUAAAGCGUACAAUACAGAGAGAAAAAACAUCCCUCCAAAGAAGGACAAAUUUAACCCUCUGAGAAUUGACAUGGCCAAAGUAAUACCUCUCACCUCAUCCCAGCUUUCACUACAGUGCAUGGAGUGUCACAUCAUCUUCAGUGACUCUAAAAGCAGAGAUCGCCACAUUAAAUUGAGUCACCCUGCGGAGUAUCAAAAGAAUAUGAUGAGAGAUGUUGUCUUUACGUGCUAUGUAUGUGAUCAGUCUUUCACCUGCUCCACAGAGCUUAUGGCCCAUCAGCGCACACACACAGAUAAUGGGCGGUUCAAGUGCCCUUUCUGUAGUGAGGCCUUUUACACAUCCUCCGAGCUAACAAGUCACAAAAAGAAGAUGCACUACAGCAAGCAUGGAUAUUCUUGCACAGAGUGCGGCAAGCCUUUUAAAACAUUUACUUUGCUCAGAUACCACCAGCGGGUACACACAGCAGAAAAGCCUUAUGUUUGCCCACGCGAAGCUUGUGAUAAAAUGUUUUCUACGUCUAAAUCUCUUCGGAACCAUUUACAAAAACAUCAAAAAGAAGAGGGCAAGGGGGACCAGACAAAUGCUUCAACAACCAUUAAGAAAAAGAAGACUAAAGAAACUAGUGAAAGGAAAUUUCCAUGCCCGCACUGUGAAGCAGUUUUCAAGGCCUCUAAAGCUCGACUUCUUCACAUAAAAAAUAAACACUCCCAGGAGUCGCAAAGUAGCACUGUUUUGGUGCCACAGCCCAAAGCACCUGGACCUACUCUGGUGCAUACAGCAAAUGGACAACCACCGACUCUGUUUGUGGAAACUGUAGGACCAGCAUCACAUCCAAUGGCUGCAAAUAAGCUGGAUGCUGUGCAAAUUAAACGACUAAUUGAGAAACUUGGAAAUGUACAGAAGGUAAAUCAGUUGGUUAUACUGCCUUUACAGCCACACCGUUUUGGUUUACCUCAUCCUCAACCAUUACAUGUGAAUUUUACUCAGCCAACACAGCUUGAACAACCCAACACAGACCCAUCAAAUGCUGAUCAAAUUAACCUCUCGAAUUUGCAACCGAAGGAAGCUGCUGUUCUGUCCCAAGAGGGAAAAUCUUUUUACCCAGAAAAUUCAGAGAUCCAAGUUACACCUGUUGAACUAACCCAAACUGAGGCACAAAUGCAAAUGGAAGAAAUUCACCUUGAACUCAUACCGAUACAAACUGAACCUUCUGUUUUGCUUGAUCAAACGCCUUUACAGGUUGAAGCAUCACAAAAUAAUUCUGUUCUUGAGCUGCCACGUACAAUAGAGGAAAAUAUAACAGUCACACAAGCUAAUGAAUCUUUGGAAACAAAUGAAGAACCACCUUUAAUCCCUCAACCUGAAAUGGAAAAGUCUAAUCAUGUGGAGGGAGUUGCAGUUUUGAAAAGAAACAAUGACCCACCUUUAAUUCUUCAACCUGAAACCUCAAAGUCCUAUCAUGUUAAAGGCAUUGCAUCUUUGGAAACAAAUGAUGAAGUAAGUUUAUUUUCUCAGCCUGAAACUAAAACAAAGCCUAAUCAGGUGGAAGGCAUUGCAGCUUUUGAAAUAAACAAUGAACCACCUCUAAUUUCUCAGUCUGAAAUGGCAAAGUCUCAUGUGGAGGAGGACAUUGUGCAAGAUUACACAGUAACAUCUGAGGAGAUCGUUUCAAGAACAGAAAUGCCAUGUCCCACACAAGAUUCAACAGACAUUUCAAUAGGAUCACACUUAGAGGGGAUAAUUAAACAAGGCGAUAUUAACAAAUUAAGCAAGCCUCAGGAAGUUCUGCAAAUCCAAGCUCAAAAGGAACAAGUUGAGUCAGAACAACAGCCAUGCAUUAAAGGGCCCCAACCACAGCCUGAUUCUUUUAAUAGUGUGCAGAAUGACAAAAUAGUAAACCAACAAAGCUCUGUGCCAACACCAAACCAGACUCAAGUUGGGUUACAAGAUAGUACCUGUGUUCAGAAGAAACUUCCAACAAAGAAGAAAAGAUCCAAGAAACAAUUGGGGAAUGAACGAGAGAAUAAGGAACCAAGUAAAGAAAUUGACAAUACGGCAUCAUCAUCCAAGAAAGUCAAAACUUCAUCCAAGGUCAAUCCUAAGAAAAAGGAAAAUGCAAAAAACAAAAAGCUUGUUGUAAGGUUUGGACCCAGCGAGAAGAAAAAAUCCUCUAAACCGAAGGUGAUCAAAACAUCUAAAACAAAACAAAACCAGAACCAGCAAAUUUGCGAUGAAGGUCAUGUGCCUGCUUUGUCUGAGAGUGAAAAUAAAUUGGAUUCUAACCAAAAAUUGCAGAAAGAUAAAAAAGGAAAGGGGGCUGAAUCUCCUUCAGGAGGAACAGUGAAGUCAGUGGGUCAAAUUAAUAAUGCAACUGACAGUGUUUUGGUGGCGCCAGAAGCAGCACAGCAAGGGAAACCUCAGAAGAGAAAAUUGAACAAUCCAAACAAUUUGGUCAAAAAGGCAAAGUCUGUCCAAGAGGCUCAACAAGAUAAACCGGCAGUACAUAUGCCAAAGAAAAAGAAACAAGCCAAAAUUUCGGAAGACGACGGUCCUAAGAAACCCAAGGUUAGAAAGACCCAAAAUGAUGCUUUUCAGAAAAAAACACAAAAAAUACCAAAGCAUAAGGCAAAACAGGCUAAAUGUAGUCCUGAUGUUCCGGACCAGGCUCACAUAGAGAAACAAGCUUUGCUCUUGUUGAAAGGUCAUAAGCAACCUCAGUUGAAGGUACACAAGUUAGAUGCCACUGAACUUGAAAAAUCACCCCCGAGCAAGAAUGAUAACAAGGUACUGCAAAAAAACAAAAAUGCAAAAAAUAAAUCCUUGAAUGUAGCACACCAAAAGAAAAAAAAGUCAGGUGGAACCAAAUUGUUGGAGCAUCUGGGUGAGUCCUUAUCUUUGGAAAUGCCCCUUGUUGAGAACAGUCCAGGUUCUGUGCCCACAAAGCCGAAAAUUGUACGGAAACGCAAAGCUCCUAUUAAGAUGGACCAGGAAAUAGCUUUGAGCCCUCCAUACUCCCAACUUACUCUUGGGUGCCAAGAUUGUGGGAAGACUUUUUCAGAAGUGUCUGCAUUGCAGCAACACAUGGCAUCCUGGCACUCUGCUGGAAAGUUAGUCUUUUCAGACGAAAUUAAUGUAGCUAAAAAACGUGUCAUUCAAACUAGCCCUAAAGAGAAACGUAUUCUAUCUAAUGUCUUUGAAAUUCAGGUUGCAACAGAUUGGGAUAUUGAGACUGAAGUGGGUGAGAUUGUAGGCGAAAGACUGUCCUUCCCAGCAUUAAGUCCAUCUCCAUCUUUGACACUUGCCUCAAAUUGUGCUGAUGGAAAGGAACAAGAAGGAGACAAAGAUGCUGAAGGAAUUGCUCUUGGGUUUGAGGAACCUGCAGAGAAAAAUUCUUCUGAAGUGUGCGAAAUCUCAACAAAGUCAUCAACCCUAGUAUUAGUCAAAACCAUCGUGCCUCAGGAGGUCACUGAAGAUGCUGUUGAGAGUGUUUCAGUGAAAGAGCAAAGCAAUGAGUUCAAUCCUAUCACAGAAAUUUCUUGCGACAAAGUCAAAGAUGCAGCAGAGGAAGAAAUUAAAGAAGAACUGCCCUUAGGGGUGAAUUUAAUAAUGGUUGGAGACCAAAAUGCAGAAGAGAACCACAACACUGAGGUGAGAAAUAUUUCAGGUGUCUCACAAGAGCCUGAAAAUGAAGUGAGCAACCCAUGUUCCCAGUCUCAAGAACCUGCAAAAGAUGCAGAGACUGUUAUGAAUCAGAAUGUUCUUACAGAGAUUAAGCAAGAAGAGGAGGAGGUCCUUGUCCGCGAAGCUGAUGAUAAUAAAAGAGUAAUUGGAGGGAAUUCUGUAAAGAAAGGUAAAAAGGGAGUUGGAAAAGCCUGGGGCAAGAAAUCAGUUGGAAGAAGAGCUAGCACAGAAAACAGAAGUAAAAAGGACAUGGAAGGAAAUAAGGAGGCAGAGGAAUGCCAGGUUCUGUAUCACCUCUGUAUAGUUGACAGUGCAGAAAUAAAGAAUAAAGAAACAGACAAGAAUGGAGUUAAUGCCUCUGAAACUCCUCAAGUGUCGACUUCUGACGAGGCUCCUGAGGAGCAAGUGGUUUUUGAGUUGGACUCUGUUACCACAAGUGUAAUGGAUAUUGUCAACUCUGAAGAAGGAUCAUUUGAGACAUCUCAAGAGCUGGUCAGAGAAGGCAGCUCCCCUGGAAUCAUUCUGGAAAAAUUCUUUACUGCUCGUGAGAGAAAUAUGGAGACCCCAAACAUCCAAAGUCCAGUUAGACAGGCAAACUCCAAGAUGGAUAACAGUAAAGUGAUUUCAGCUGGCACAUCUUCUGACGUGAAAAUGGAAGAACGAUCUUCAAAUCUGGUUCAGCACAACCCGACUUCUUCUGAGGGUGGUUUAUUGCGGGGAGUACAAAUGUUUUUGGUGAAAGCAGAAGACCACGUGUCUGCAACUGAGAUAUUCCAGACACUCCAGCCUGCACCUCCUCAACGGGUUGCAUGUCCAGAUAAGGCUGCUGAUAAGACUGCGGUGCCCAUUCAGAACUACAGCAAACAAUGUAUAUUUUAUCCCGUUAAAGAGGAAGAGAGGGAACUUUUAGUGGAGUCUCCUCCUGCAGCUCAAACAAGCUUGGGUUCUAGAGAGCACACAGGGCCUUCAUCUGGAAUUGAAGAAUGUGAGGAAAUCAGAGUGGAUUCAGUGCAAAUGGACAUGCAGCAAUUGUACACAAACUCUGAAGAGGGUGAUGUUUCUGAACAGCAGAGGACUCAAGGCUUCUUAGAGUUUCUGUCUGAGAAUACGGACGCAGUUGAUGCAGGUAAUAUCCAUUCUGAACCAGAAGCUGAAACCAUCGUCAUGUCCUGUUACCAUGGAAUACAGAGUAAUGGGACGGUACAUCAUAACGGCACAGAAAGAAGUGAUCCAUGUGUUAGAGCAAAUGUUGGUGCUUCUCCAGUGAGCCACAGAGAACCAGAGAGGCAGCUAUGGAAGCCCAUUACCUACUUCAAUCAAUAUUUUAGUUUGGACACGUGGAAGGAAAUUGCUGUUUGUACAAGUAAAGCCUCAACUCUGCCAGACCCGGUUACAGAAAAAGAGGUUGCAAAAUAUGUGGGAAUACAUAUUGCAAUGGGAACACUGAAGUUUCCCAGCACUAAGCUCUACUGGGAAGAUUACACACGAGUACCUCUGAUCUCUGAUGCCAUGUCGGCUUCCAGAUUCUGUGAACUCGCUUGUAAACUGACGCUGGUUGGUUCUGCUGGAUCUUCCACUGAGUUGAGUAUUGAUCAGCAUUCUGAAGAAACUAACAGUGAGCAACCAGGACAGAGUAACAAGGUAGCGCAUGAUUGCACAAACUCAAAGACAGAUCCUUUGUGGAAGGUAAUGCCAUUGAUUAGAAGAGUUCAAGAUGGAUGCCAGGCACUGGACCGAAAUGGAAGCUACGGGGUCGACCAGUACCCCCUUCCUUUUCAAAGACACCCUACACAUUCAUUACUGCACACUGUUGUCGUAAGUGGUGGAGGGUUGGUUUUGGACUUCAACUUGAGCAUAAAUGACUCCAACAGAGAAAACUUUGUUGAAAAAAUGGUCUCUAAAGGGAAGGAAAGAAAUGACGGGAUGGUGUUUCUUUGCAAACCAGAGCUUUCCACACCUUCUAUGCUUGAGCAUCUUCUAGAGGCGGGUGUGCAAAGUGCUGGAAAGGUCGGCGGGGCAAGAGGGCAAAUAGGUGAUGAGUUUGUGAGCUCAGACGGAAAGCUCAAACUUUUCAGAUGUCACCAUGGCUUUAUCCUUUCAGCGGUGGUAAAGGAAAAGCCACGCUCCACAUCUCUCGUCAGCGGCUUUGAGCGCGCGAUUAAAGCUGCGAAUCUCAACCGUGAUUUAAGAAGUCUCUAUCGUACUCCUUGCACAAACUCAGCCAUCAGCGCUUGGCCACAGUCUGUCCUCUGGGACUUGAUUGAUUUGGUGUUGGUAAACGCAUGGAUACAAUAUAAGCAAGAUUACAGCGAUAUUACCGAUCUUUUAUCUCUCAUGGCGUUUCGUUUGGAGGUGGCCAAAGCAUUGAUUCUCUCCAGUGGUGUUGACGCUCAAGACUUGUCACCUCCCUGCCCUCCUGCUCCCAAAAUUCACAGCUCGGAUACAAAUGCACGGCCCUCUCAGGUUCUUGACAACCCUUUGCCUGAUGAACACACGCGGUAUGACGGCUUCGGCCAUUGGCCAGAGCAGCUGGCUGAGGGCGAGGAGGCCAGGAGGUGUCGAUUUGGAGGCUGUGAGAGAACAUCUCGUGUGCGGUGUCUCAAAUGCUGUGUGUACCUGUGCAUUUCCCGAAACCAUAACUGCUUCCUGAAGUUUCACAGUCAGGGGUCUUCAUGCCUGAAAAUGGACUCUGACCUACUGAAGAUAGAGGAGAUGGUGAUGGGAGGUGGAGAGGCUGCUGCUGCCCCUGCUGAACUGCCCCCUGAGAAGCCUGAGGACUCAUAUGUCACCUCCAUUAGGGACCGCUUGCCACCUCCUGUUAUUCAGUCAUACCAGCAUGAAAGCCUACAGUGUUUCCAGUGUUUCAUAACUUUCUGUAACUCAAAAGCCAAGGAAAGGCACAUGAAGAAGAGUCAUCGGGAAGAGUACAAACAGCAACUUCAGCAGUGCGAUACUCUCUUCACAUGUUAUGUGUGUGAUCGAACCUUCCCCUCGUCUGAGGAACUGACACAACAUCAGUCGACCCACAACAAGGAGGACAAGCCCUUUAAAUGUGUUCACUGCCAAGAAUGUUUUCGUACAUUCUCAGAGUUAACAACGCAUCGACGACAGGUGUGUCCGGAGCGUCAGUUUGUGUGUAAAGAAUGCAACGAGACAUUUCGAAGCCCCGGACUUUUGCGUAGCCAUCGUUUGAUGCAGCACCCCGUGCCCCAGGAUGAAGAGGAUGUGGAGGAUCCCUCCAAGACCUACCGCUGUGGUAAAUGCGGACGAGGAUUUGAGGAAGAGGCAGAGCUCCUUCAGCAUCAGGAGAACCACGCAGGAGACCGGCAUUGCAACGGUGGCGCUGCUGUCAAACGCAGAGGGAGGCCCCCCAAAUAUGAGGCCGCAGCUCCCAGUGAAAAGAAGGUAAAGAAAAAGAAGAAGGAUGAAGACGCAGAGGAAACCAAUCAUUCAGAGGAUGCUUCUGCAACAUCGGCAAAAACAGGGGGAAGAAGAGGACGCCCUGCCAAAUCCACCCAGGAACCCGAGGCGGAAGAUGAGAAGGCAGAAAAUGAUGACAAGAAAUCUGUCCCCGAGCCAGAACGGCAGAUCCCUUGCACUGAAUGUGAUCUCACUUUCCCCACCCUGACGCUGCUGCGAAUGCACAAGAAAGAGAAGCACACGCAGAAGAAGCCUCACCCCUGUAAAGAGUGUGAGGAGAGUUUUAACCGACCUGCGCAACUGCAGGCCCACAUGGCCAGAGCACACAGCGUCGGACGGCACACCUGCCCCACAUGCGGGAAAAGCUUUGGCAGAGAGAGCAACCUGAAGGCUCAUCAGCAGAGCCACGAGAAAGAGGAGAAGCUGGCUGGAAAAAGAUAAUUCAGUUAGAGGGAGAUUUUUUUUUUGCAGGUGUACGUUAACAAAACACAUUUGAUUUUUUUAAUAUGUUGUGUAUAGAAAUAUAGGUUGGGGGAGGGUUUGCGUUAGGGCUGAGGUUGUAACAUAGCAGGCAAUCCCUCAAUUGAGUGACGUUUGAGAGCAACACUAUGUGGACGUUUGAAAACUGGAAACCCAAAGGGUUGUGAGUUCAAGAUUAACUAUUAGUAACCAUGUUUGGUGCUUCACUGUAUCUUGACAUCUGUACAUAGCUUUGGCAUGGCAAGAAAAAAAGGAUUCAUACCACAGCUGAAGUCUCAUUUGUUGGGUAAUCAUGUUGUAACUAAUACCAUCAAGAGAACCCCACAGAAAAAGCCUUGUUAUAUUGUCUAAAGGCUUUACAUUGUUGUUUUCUUUUUCCUUUUUUUGUUGAAAAUUUUAAAGUCUUUUCUAUGAAUGUGUUCUUGUUUUUACGUAAUUUUUAGAAGUGUACAAUGAUGAGUGGAAAGAUUUACAAAAUGAUUGUUUUCUGAUGAGGUUUGACUUGAUAUGAUUUCAAAUGUUUCCAUUUUCUACAGGUAUGACAUGACAUUUGACUUGAAUUUAAUGUUACCAACAAAUAAGGCAGUUCUUUGCGUGAAGUAAAUGUCUAAAUAAUUCACUGAAAGUGUUUUAAAUGUCUUCUGCUUUUUUUUUUACAUUUAUUAUAAACAUUUAAAUGUCAAGGA